AAGGAACUAUGCCCUGGCUGCCAGUCUCAAUGUGGCCAUUCCGCUACCUAUUUUACCUUUACCGCCGUAUCCGUAUCUAUUUGCCGUUCGCUCUUUACUUACCUUGGCCAAGGGGGGUUUUGCCGCCCCCUUUUGCACCCGCGGCCGAUGUCCUACCUCCGGCCGCAUGCGGCACCCCGUUGCGAAGAUCAUGCCUGACCAUGGUACAAACCUACGGAACGGUCCCGGGCGCGAUGGGCUUCGGCACUCCGGCCCUCGGCUGGAAGCCGAUGAAGACACUCUGCCCACCGCCGAGGUUCAGCGCGAGGAUUGACUGGAAUACGCUUUUCCUCAUGUACGCCUGCAGGAACAGGUCGAUUGGGGCACGCAGCCCCUUGAUCCCCAUGCCGAGCUCAGGCACGCACGCGUCUGCAAAAAACUAUAUUGCCGGUGCCAAACUUCACUGCGGCUAG